AUGUUCGCCAAACUUCUCUCGCUCUCUCUCCUGAGCCUACUCCCAAUCACUGCCUUCGCCUCCCAUGGGAACCCACUCUUGAACCGCCAUCAUGAGAUUGCGAAGCGCGCUGAGGGCCACGUCGACCUCUUCAAGCGUGUCUCGAACUCCAAGUGGUCGUACUACAAUGUCCAGACGGGUAAUGCAGGCUCGUGUGGUAAAUACCACGUCAACAGUGACUUCACCGUCGCUAUGAAUGCCGUGCAAAUGAAUUCGGGUUUGUGCUUCAAAACUAUCAGGCUGUCUUACGGAGGGAAGACCACCACUGCGACCAUUUCUGACACUUGCCCUGGAUGCCCUUGGGGUGGUCUUGACCUGACCGAGGGUCUGUUCGCCUUCUUCGCUCCUCACUCGGUCGGCAUCAUUUAUGGUGAAUGGGACUUCACGGACGCCGCACCUGCUCCUCCACCUGCGCCGACCACGACGAAGAGGCGAACCACGACCUCGACCUGGACACCACCCCCCACCACCACGUGGGUUCCUCCCCCUCCCCCUCCGGCUCCCACUACCACAUCCUCUAGCACCAGGCGUUCCAGCAGCCGGGUUAGCUCAUCGACCACAUCCAGGGCAAGCUCCUCGUCCCUGUCGUCGUCGUCGUCGUCGACCAGCAGCGCGGCGCCCACUUCGUCGAUCAACUACUCCAGUGGUGCGGCCAGCGGGCUUGCUGUACCCACUGGCAGUCUCCAACGCACCCCUGGCCAGACAUCUAACCUGGCGGAUCUUAAUCAGGUCUUCAUCCAGGUUGGAGGUGUGGUUGCCGCUGGUGCUCAAGUUUAA